CGGCUAGUGGGGCCGGAGCCGUUGGCCACGAGUCUGCGCAGCCGGUCACAGGGUCGGGGCCGCGCGCAGGAGCUGCCGCUGAAGUGUGAAACGAAUGAGUCGCCGCUGAGUUGUGUGAAGCGGGGAAGCGGAUCGUAGCCCGUGUGGCUGCACUCGAGGUCGGCGGGAGUUGGAGCCGUUCGGCAGCGGGGUCGAGCUGGGCCGCAAUGUCGGUGUUUCACGACGAGGUGGAGAUCGAGGAUUUCGAGUUCGACGAGGAGACGGAGAGCUAUUUCUACCCAUGUCCUUGCGGGGACAGGUUCAUCAUCAGUAAGGAGGAUCUAGAAAAUGGCGAAGAAGUUGCAACAUGUCCAAGUUGUUCUUUGAUUAUCAAAGUCAUUUAUGAUAAAGACCAGUUUAUGUCUGGAGAACUAGUGGGCAUGGUGACCAUGGACAAACUCGAAAAACUCAAGUGCUGAUUUUGAAGAGGCUGUAGUCCUGAUGAUCCUUUGUUUUUUUAAGGACUGGGCAUUGGAUUAUGAAUUACAGUAACAACAUGUAAGAAUUGAAUAGUUUUAUGGAUUUAUAUUUUAUUUAUGCAAAUUACAGGUGGACGUUUGGUAUGCUAUAUAGGAUUUGACAGUUAUUAUUGGGAAUCCAAGAAAAUAUAAGCCUUUGAGUUGGGACGAAACACAAGAUAAACAUAAGGCUGAAACUUGCCCAGGAGAAAAUAUGGGUAAAAUGGUUUGUUUCUUUUACUGGGUAUAAUUUCUUGGAGUUGUAAAGCUGUGGCUGAAUACAUUUCUAUACUUUAAGACCGACUACUAGAAAUGAGCAACUCGUUAUUUUUAGCAGGAAGACCAAAUAUAUGAUCUGACUUGCUUUACCUGGGAGGGUUCAGCAAUGAGCUAUUGCUCCUGAACAUGUGCAAUAAUGUAUUUAUUUUUAUAACGAUUUGCUUUUCUGAAAGUUAUAAUACAGGUGUGAAGAAAACCCGUUUAUUAUACCAUCCAUUUGUGAAAUGAUUAAUUGCUUGUGAUUUAUUCAAUAAUAUUUGAUAUUUGCAGAAAUCUAUAAAUUGACAAGAUUUCAAGAAAUUAUUGCUAUCAUGGAACUGCUUAAUGCUGCUGAAGGCUUUGAGAUAAUUUGUGAUCUGGCUGUUUCAUGGAAAAUGUAAUUUUGUUUAAACCCCAGGAUAAUUUGAUUUCAUAAUCUUCACUACUAUUUCGACAAAUGCUAAAUUAAAAUUUUGAAUAUUUUAUGAAGAUAAACUUGCCCUGUUUUUUCAUCCAGUAUUCAGAGCUUGUUACAUGGUUGAAUGUGGGUUUGGUUCAUAAACUCUACUGAUACAAACUAAAAGGUGUGUGAUCAAAUACUGUUUUGAAGCCGACUUUGGAUGUGUUUGUCACAUGAUGUUUUGGGAUUUUAUGCAAUAUUUUAAUUAAAAAAAAGUUCACUCAC